UCCGUCAUUAGAACUUUCGUGAAUGAAAUUUCCGUUGAGUGAAAUUCCGCCUAGAAGCCAUGGAAAGGAGCGAGGAAAAGGCGGGAAAUCCUUUGGAGAUAUCAAAAGGAGCUUUUGGAGAAAAGAAGCUUAUCGAGGUGAUUCAGGACAGAGCCCGCAGGAAGGAACUCUUUUACUCCAUCGAAGUUACCCCUUCGGAUCCUCCUCUCAAUUUAGAUUCCCUCCAGCCUCCUCCACUCUUUGCCAGCAUCACCUGGAUUUCUGAUAAGAAUCUCGUAGCCUUCCGGAAGGAUCCCCAAUCCUGCCCAGCUCUGCAGUGGAUGAAGGUGUUGAGAGAGAAAUUCCCAGUUCUUUCGCAUCUGACAUGCCUGAAUAUGACGCCGGAGGAUUUGGAGGGAAUUGUGGAAGUUGGGGAUUUGAAGAGUAUCCUGGCUCUUCAGGGAGAUGCUUCCGGUCCUGCCCCAGCGCGCUUUGAACACGCUGUGGACUUGGUUCGUUGGCUGCGUCAGAGACUCCCGGACGCGACAAUUGGCGUUGCCGGAUAUCCCCACACUCACUUCCUGGCUUUGUCGCCUUUGGAUGAUUUGCACCGUUUGAGGGAAAAAGUUGAAGCCGGUGCAGAUUUUAUCAUCACUCAAAUAACUUUUUCUUCUUCUGACUUCAUUGGUUUCGUCAGAAAAUGUCGCUUCCUGAAAAUCACCUGUCCCAUGCUUCCGGGAGUAUUUAUCCCUCCCACUUUUGAGUCUCUUCUAUUUGUCACCAAAAUAUCUAGAAUACCAGUUGAAGAGGAACUUUGGGAAAAAUUUAAAAGCAAGAAAGAUGAUCUUGAGGCUUUCCAGGAAUUUUCUCUGAAUGAAGCUGAAAAAUGGAUGAAAGAGGUUCUGGCUGAAUGUCCAGAAGACGUCUUUGGGUUUCACAUUUUCACAUGGAAUAACUUAGAAAUGACUGAAAAACUAAUAAAACGAUUUAAAUUCUAAUAAAAAUUUCAAUCAAUUUCAAAUAAUUCCCGGGAAAAUUCCCUUCAAAUGUGCUUUUAUGGCAAAAUGGAUAAAAUAAUGGAUUUCAGUUAAAUAUAUUAGAUUGUCAAAGCUUUUAUGUCGAUAGUGUAUCAAGAGUGAGAAAUCUUGGAUUAUAGAAAUUUAUAUCAAAUGUUACGGAAGAUUCCCUUGAAAAAUGGUUCCAAUAAAAUUUGACAAAAUUGUUCAUCAA